CGCGGCGCGGCCUCACGUGACGGGCGCCGCCGGCCGAAGGGUCUCUUGCCUCCCGCGGGCGCCGCAGCGGCCGGGCCUCUGGACCGCGGGACCCUCGCCCUCACGCCGCCCCCCGGUCCGUCCGCCUGCCUCCGGCGCCCGUCCACAUUCCAACCGCCCCCGACGCCCUCGGUUCCCGCUGCGGCCUCGGCAGCCCUCGCGCCCAUGGCGGCCCUCGGCGGCGCUCGGCGGCGGUCUCUGCUCCUGCUGCUGCUCGCAGGCCUCAUACACAGCGCAGCAGCGAUAUUUGUGGUGAAGGACGCCAACGGGACAGCUUGCAUCAUGGCCAACUUCUCUGCUGCCUUCACGGCCAGUUAUGACACCAGAAGCGGGCCUAAGAAUGUAACCUUCGACCUGCCGUCCAAUGCAGCAGUGUUAAAUAGCAGCUCUUGUGGUAAAGAGGGAGCUUCUGACCCCGUUCUCGCGAUUGCUUUUGGAAGAGGACAUGAGCUGACCCUCAAUUUCACAAGAAAUGCAACACGUUACAGUGUUCGGCUGAUGAGUUUUAUUUAUAACUUGUCUGACACACAGAUUUUCCCCAAUGCAAGCUCCAAGGAUAUCAAGACUGUGGAAUCUGCAACUGACAUCAGGGCAGACAUAAAUAAAAAAUACAGAUGUGUGAGCAACAACCAGAUUCACAUGCACAACGUCACUGUCACGCUCCAUGAUGCCACCAUCCAGGCAUACCUUGCCAACAGUAGCUUCAGCAAGGAAGAGACGCGCUGUGAGCAAGAUGGGCCUUUCCCAACAACAGCGCCGCCGCCGCCUCCCCACCCUUCGCCAUCCCCAACGCCGGAGAGCCCCUCUGUGUACAAGUACAACGUCAGUGGCACCAAUGGGACCUGCCUGCUGGCCAGCAUGGGGCUGCAGCUGAACAUCACCUACAAGAAGAAGGACAACACGACCGUGACGAGGGUGUUGAGCAUCAACCCCAACAAGACCACUGCCGGAGGGAGCUGCAGCCCCCAGCUGGUGACCCUGGAGCUCCGCAGCGAAAGCGUCCCUCUCCUGGCCUUCCAGUUUGGAAUGAACACAAGUACUAGCCGGUAUUUCCUGCAAGGAAUCCAGUUGAAUAUGACUCUUCCCGAUGCCAGAGACCCCACCUUUAAGGCCGCCAACAACUCUCUGAGGGCACUUCAGGCCACCGUCGGGAAUUCGUAUAAGUGUAAUGCUGAGGAGCGCGUGCAGGUCACAGAGGCCUUUUCUGUCAACAUCUUCAAAGUGUGGGUCCAGGCUUUCCAGGUGCAAGGUGACAAGUUUGGGUCUGUGGAGGAAUGCCAGCUGGAUGAGAACAGCAUGCUGAUCCCCAUUGCCGUGGGUGGUGCCCUGGCGGGUCUGGUCCUCAUCGUGCUCAUCGCCUACCUCAUCGGAAGGAAGAGGAGCCAUGCCGGCUACCAGACGAUCUAGCACGGCCGCGAGAGGCACAGACCGGCCGCCGCUGCGGGGCUCUGCUCAUUUCCCUGAGCUUAGAUUGGUGUUGAGGGAGGCACACUUUCUUGCAAACUGAUUUUCAAAUCUGCUUUAUCCAAUGUGAAGUUCAUCUUGCAACAUUUACUAUGCACAAGAGUAACUUUGAAAUGACGGUGUUAAUUUUGCUAACUGGGUUAACUCUUUUGCUAAUGGUUCAACGUUAAUAUUUACCAAAGUAGAACUUUAAGGUGGGGGAGGGUAAGAGUGCUUUUCUAAGACGGCACUGGCUCCACUGUCAUUUGGCUUUUUAAGAUUCUGGUGUUUGGCCUCUUCAUUCUUGACUGAGAUUUCAGCCUCGCCGAGGGAGGGUCCCUGGUUUUGACCUUAGCACUGAGGAGGGCUGGCUAGGUGUUAGGCUGGUAUGCUUGAGAAACUAGUAGAGAAAGAUCUUUAAACAGAAGUACUCCAAAAGAUGAAAAUCGGAACGCUUAAAUUAAGCUUUAAAAGCCAGGACAGGCCCAGCCACCCCGCCCCCGACGGCACAGCUCAGUACUCGGGCACCGGCGCGCCUACGCGUCAGGGCCUUUGGUCUUUCCAUGCUCUGCCACUCAAGAGCUGGCACUUUUUUAAAAUAGAUAAAUGGGUGUUAUUUUUAUUUACCUUUUUGUAAAGUGAUUUUCAGUCUUCUGUUUGAGGUUCGGGGUGACCUGUUCUGCACUUGUGUAAAUACUGGGUACCGCGCUCCGAUCUACCCGCUUGCCGCUCGGGUGGCUUUGCACUGAGGACACUUCAUGUCUUGCAUUGCUGUAACAAUGCUAAUAAAACAUCUCUUUCUUUCUUUGUCUGGA